AUGAAAAACUAUCCUGAUUAUUUUCAAAAAAUAGUAUGUGAUGUCCGCUAUGAAAAUAAUCAGAAUCAGUUAGUUUUUCAUCUCCCAAAAGUAUCUCAAAGUAUUGCGCUUAGUUUUUGCAAUGAUUUGACUUUGCAAUUCCCGAUUUCAAAUACAUCGAUUCCAAAUACUGUUAAGUUAAUUGAUAUUCUAUUAGUUCUAAAUUCCGCAUUAUUUGGUAAGCUGAAACACAAUUUUGAUCCUCAAUCAAAUCUUAAUAUCGUAAUUAACGUUUCAUUUUUCAUGAACUGCUCUAAACAAUUGCUUACAAGAUUAGAUGCAUUACAAAUAUUCUUAUCAGAAAUCAUGAACAAGCUUUCACAAGGAGAUACAAAUAUUACUUCUUUAGCCAAUUCAAUUGUCUCACUUUUGAAUCCAAUAAUCGCAUUCUCAAACUCACUUGAUAUCAUUUCUCAGCACAUUAUUGAUCUAGUUGAAAUAGAACCUCUUUCUCCAGAUUUUGUCAAAAUUGCAUCAGCAAUAUCUGAGAUAAUUGAAGCCUUGAACUCAAUCUACAGUAAUAGUACUGAUGGAAUGUAUGUCGAAACUCAACAAGAAAAGCUUUCUACACAUUAUUCUUAUGUUAUUGACUCAUUAAAUCAAUAUAUUCCAUAUUUGAAGCAAAUUACACAACAACUCUUGGACCAGUUCCAAGAUAUUACAAUCAAAGACGUUUUUCAGCCAAUGUUUAAAUUUUAUCAAAAACAAAUCGACGAAAUUACGGAAAUGAUCUUUAUCUGCAUAGAUAUAGUCAGAAACGAUUACGAAAAUUAUGACAGAACAAUUGCAACAAUGACAAAAACUGUAGAAAAAAUAUUACACGAAUUACCAUUUAUUUUCCAAGUUUUCUACGAAAAAAAGUUACCAAAACAAGUCAAAACACACUUUGAAGAUUACCAAUACGUCUAUUCUGACUUAAUUUCACCUUUUAUCUCACAAAUUAUCGAAUCUUCUGAAAAAACACCGGCAGACUUCAACGCUUUAUUUAUUUCGAAGCUCAAAGACUCCCUCAAGGUCUACAAUGGCUUAAUUCUUACUUUUCCUUCGUUAUUUGAAGGAUUAGAUGAUGGAUUUCCCCAAUUAGCUGUUUUAAACAUCCAACCGUCAGAAUUCCUUAAAGACAGCAAGAUAGACAUCAUUCUCCCUGUCUUACAACCUGCUCUCACCGCUGCUCACGCUUUAAUUGAAACCGACCAAAGUUUUUCUGAAGUUUACAAAAUUUUGGAGUCACUUUUUCAGCAACAACCUUCUUUUCAGGAAGAAAUUGAGAACAUUAUUCCGGACCAAACUGACGAUGGUAUUAUUUUACUGAUGGGAGCUCGCGAUGCAGUUCUAAACAGUUUCACAGCGAUUGUAAGCUCAGUUCGUGAUUAUUCCGUAUCUCAAACUGAUUUAGCCAUGAGAUCGAGACUUGCAUCGAACGUUUGCAGGCUGAUUGCAUCGCUUAUCAGUAUAUCCACACAUCCAUCGAUGUUUGAGUACAUUAUUGAGACAUUAUUACUAUGUUCCAAAUGGAUGAGGGAAUAUCUAUCAUCAAACCAAGAAGAAUACAUGAAAGCAGCAUCAGCAAGUCGAUCCCUCAUCUUUGAUUCCAAUGAUGCCGUUCAAGUUCUUCCGAAAUUAGCUCAAUUACUAAAUAUGGUCCAAUUGGCAACGAAUGAGACAGCAACGAAGCUCAAAGAUGACGUAGAAGCAAUACCUACUGUCAUCUGUCACGGAGCUGUCCUCAGUUCUAUGAUGGACGCUUAUGAUUUCACAGUUCAAAAAGCAACUUCAGAUGAUUUGGUCAAACCAUUGAUAGAAAAGGCAAUUGAACAAGCCUUUCCUCUCCACAACUUCGUAUCUGUCUCGAGAACCCUUGUUUGGCUCCUCCUUCACUCGGAAACAUCGACAUUAUCAACAUUAUUAUCAAAUGUUGAGUCUUUGCAUGUCAAAUCGCUUGGAAAGGUUAUGAAUGUUAACAAGGAUAUUAUAAAGGCUCUUGAUAUUUACAAAACAUCAAGAUCUACUUCGAAUUUGGAUUAUUCCAAAUUAUUAUCAAGUCUUAAGAAGUAUUUAGAGGUUUCAAAUGAGUUUAUUAAUGAUUUGAAUGGUGCUAGUAAGAGUUUGGGCGAGUUCUUCCUUAAGGAUAAAGAAAAAAUUUUAUUUACUGUUGAAUUAGUCGAAGGAUCAACAAAAAUCAUCCCAAUACCAAACAAGAAUGUCACAGGAAUUCUUUUGCAUGGACUUUCGAAGCUUGCAAGAGCUCAAAUAAAGGAAAUGAACACAAUGUUGGACCAAUUACCAGAUAGAGCACUUCUUCAAUCAAUUUCAUUGACAUUUUAUCUUAAUACUAUUUAUGAGAUACUUGUUUAUUCAAAUGAACCAAAAUUUGCCCAAAAAGCCGAAGAUAUCGAAAAAUCUAGGGUCGAAAUCGUCAGAGUUUCAUCAGAUGCAGCAUGCGGAGACUACAGCAAUGUACAACAGAUCAAGGAUGACCUUCAGGAACUCGAUAGAAAACUAAUUUUCGAAGAUGAAAUCGAUUCUGACAUAAAAGCAUGUUUAUCCAUUCGUUACAUGAGUGCCAUUGGCAUUGACCAUAUCCAAACAACAGAGUUAUUCAAGAAAGAACAGAAAAAUCUUGAAUUAACAAUAACUCAUGAAGAAAUGAACGAAGAACAAGAAGAUGAAGAUCCAGAAAUCAACAACGAACAAGACACAGACGAAUACGGUCAGAGAGAUCCAAUAAAUAUUGAUACAAUUCAAGUAUUUGGAGAUUCUUUAGUUUUCCCAGCAUUUAAACUCAUUCCUGUUGCUUUUAACCCUCAGUCAUCCGAUGAAUCCAAAUCCAACUACAAAUCCUACAUAGAUGAAGAGCCAAUCCACGAAGCCAACUAUAAUUUGGUUGAUUUCAAACAACCAGAGCCAACAAUACACUUUACAGCACCUCCAUGGCCACCAGUUGAAGAAACCACUGAAGAACAGGUCGAAGAGAAAGAAAUUGAAGUAGAAGUUGAAAUUUAUCCGUUUGAAGAGGAAGAAGACCACAAAUACGAGAUGGAUUCCGACUACAUAGAGAAGUUCAUUCACAAGAGAAUGAGAAGAGAUGACAGUUCAUUUGAUUCUUUGGAUUAUUCUUCUUCUAUGGCAACAACUGACUUAUCCAAGAAGAAUUUGACUUCUUCGUUCUCAAUGCCUGAAAUAGAUGAUGACGAAAACAUGCCUUCUUCAUUAAUUGUUCCAACACAAGUUGAAUUAACUCCAAUUGGAGCUUCUGACGAAAAUAAAUCAUCAAUUCCAAAGAUUCCAACUGUCACUGUAUCAAGGGAACAGUUCAUUCAGUCAGAACCAAUCAAAGAAGAGCCAAAACAUCAAUUACCACAAAUGCCUCCAAUCCAAAUCGAACAAGAACCAAUUAAAGUCGAAGAGAAACAAAAACCAUCAGUUCCUACUUUCCCUACAAUGCCUCCAAUUCAAGAACCUGUUAAAGAACAACCAAAACCACAAAUGCCUCAGAUGCCUCCUAUUCAACCAGAGAAAGCGAAAGAAGAAAGAAAACCAUCAGUUCCAUCAUUCCCAACAAUGCCUCCAAUGCCAGUUAUUCCACAACCAGAACCAGUCAAAGAACAGCCAAAACCACAAAUGCCUGUAAUGCCUCCUCUUCAACCGGAACCAAAACCAUCAAUGCCUCCAAUGAAUAUGACACAAGAGAAAUCACAAACAAUGCCUGUAAUGCCUCCAUUACAACCGGAGAAAGCGAAAGAAGAAAGAAAACCAUCAAUGCCUUCAAUGCCUCAGAUGCCACAACUUCCGCCAAUGACUCCUCCAACUGUGAAUCAGUCAAGAGCACAAACGAUGCCUUCUCCACAACAAAAACAACCGGAAAUGCCAAAUUUGGCAGAAGCUCUCGCUCUUUCUAAUACAUUGGCUCUUUCAGACAAGAAAGCUCCACAGAUGCCUAAGAAGAAGAAAGAAGAUGACGACGAAAUUGACGAGAAUAAGAUGAAGAACUUAUCUCCACAACAAAAACAAAAAAUUGAACAAAUUAAAAAUGUUAAAUUCCAGGCAGAUGUCGCUGAUAAUAUACUCAUGGCGUUCAAUCCUUCUAACCCCCAUGCUGUAUUGAAAAUGCUCAACGAAGCACUUGGAAAACUCGAUGAAGAAACAAGGAAACUUGAAGGUCUUUACUAA